AGGUGGCGCUACUUGUAAAAAAAACGUUGUUUUCGUUUUCAACUUUUUAUCGAGUUUUGACAUUGAAUUAUUUUGCAAAUCCACAUGUCCUUAAUGAUUCAUUCCUUUCUCUUUCUAGUACAAUUGUGGCUGUGAUAGAAUAGAGCAAUGUUGCGUUGAUUUGUGGUCAACCCUUUUACAAGUUUUUCUUAAGCAAUAUAAAUGGCUUUUUCGAGACGAUCCGUAGCAGUUGAAAGUAAUAAACAUUCGUAUCAGAAUUUAUCGUUAGAACAAUCCCAGCAACUUCUGCUUAGUGACAGCCAUAGUAGCACAGAAUCUCCAAACAACCAAGAUGCAGAGCAGUGUUCACGCAAUAUAACUGAAGAAGAAGCAAAAGAGCCAGAAGAUGGAGAUAGAGUGAAGACAAAGCUUAUUACUAUGUGGAACAAUGUACGCUACAGCUGGAACUUCAAGACCAAAACUCACUUUUCUAAGGAUUCCCCAAUCUGGCUGCUUGGGAGGAUCUAUCAUCAGUCGCACAAAACUGAUGACAGCUCAAGUUUACCUACAAACAAUUUUGAGGCUUUAAAGGGUGAUUUUUUCUCAAGAAUAUGGUUGACUUAUCGAAAAGAAUUUCCUGUUUUAAAUGGUUCCUAUUAUACUAGUGAUUGUGGCUGGGGCUGCAUGUUAAGGAGUGGGCAAAUGCUGUUGGCCCAAGCACUUGUCUGUCAUUUUCUGGGUCGUGACUGGAGAUGGAAUGAAAGUGGAGCUCAAGAACAACAGACUUUACAGGAAUCCCUUCACAGAAUGAUUGUUCAGUGGUUUGGAGACAAACCAUCUCCAGCAUGCCCCCUAUCUAUUCACCAAAUGGUCUCACAAGGUCACAUAUCAGCAGGGAAGAGACCAGGAGACUGGUAUGGACCAUCAUCUGUAUCAUAUAUAAUCAAGCAAAUUUUACAAAGAGCCACUGACACAUAUCCUGAACUUGAUACAUUAAGAGUUUAUAUAGCACAGGAUUGCACAGUAUAUUUAGAUGACGUCAAGCAAUCCUGUUCGAAAAUUUGCAAUUAUGAAUGCGAGGAAACCGACUACGAAUUGAUCGACGAUCAAUGGAAGUCGCUCAUACUUCUCAUCCCUUUACGUCUGGGCGGUGAACGGAUGAAUCCUACUUACGAUUCUUGUCUUAAGGGUCUAUUGUCGUUGGAGCAAUGCAUUGGCAUCAUCGGCGGUAAACCCAAACACUCUCAGUACUUUAUUGGUUGGCAAGAUGAUUAUCUCAUUCAUCUGGAUCCGCACAAUUGCCAAGAAAUGGUAGACGUGCUGAUCCCCAACUUUAAUCUCAAAUCGUUUCAUUGUCACGAACUUCGCAAGACGGCUCUCAAACAAGUGGAUCCUUCCUGCUGCGUUGGAUUUUAUCUGCGCUCGCAAAGAGAGUUUGACGAAUUCCGUCGCAAUGUCCAGCACUAUUUGGUGCCACCGCAGAGCAAAGGUGACUAUCCGAUCUUUGCCUUCAGCAGCGGAAGCAGUCCGCACGUCGACGACGCCUGGUUCCAGCAGAAUGACGACAGUCUAUCAUCUUCCGCUGCGAGACCGUCGUCAACUUGCGGUCCAUCGACCGCAGGCGAUAAUUAUCUUGACGAUUUCGAAAUCCUCUGAAUCCUACACAGACACAAGAAAAUAUCCCUUUUUUCUGAAAAAAACUAAGUACUACCGUUGACAGUAUCACCAGAAUUUCUUGUAACUGCCUACUUAUUAUCUAUACUAAGAUCGGACCUUUAUUCCUUCACCCAAUUGUACAGAAUAUCGAAUACAACGUCUAUGUUGAUAACAUUAA